CACCCAUAAUUGCACCCAGCAAUGCUUUUUCACUAUGGAAAUCUGAGCUCUUGAGCUACCCACUUUUUUAAUUUCUUCUUCCUUUCCUCCAACUUCUAAUAUAUAUAUAUAUACUCCAGUCUCCAUCAUCUUUUUCCCCCCCACCACCCCAUCAUCCCUUUUUUUUUCUUGCCUUCUAUGAUGGAUUCCUCAUGCAGCACCUCUUCUGUCAAUGGCUUCUACAACUUUCUCAACCAAGGACUCGAUGAUCUUGAUCGAUCCCUACUCUCUCAUGACUUCAUGUCAACCCAAUUCCUUCAAGUGGUGCUUUCCUCCCUAAGAUCCUUUCACUUCCAGUUAACCGUUUUGGUUCAAAAACUUCACUUGCCAAUAGGUGAAAAAUGGCUUGACGAGUACAUGGACGAAAGCUCAAGGCUCUGGGAAGCCUGCAAAGUUCUUAAAUCUGGUGCCUCCGGGAUGGAAAAUUACUACAGGACCUGUGCCAAUAUAGAAACCUCCUUGGAUGGUUAUCGCCAUUUAAGCCCACAACUCAGUCGUCAGGUGAUUCGGCUGAUAACUGGUUGCCAGAGAGAAAUUGGGGCAUUGGGAGAGAAUAACAAGAUCUUAAUGCAAAAUAGAAUUCAACCUCUAUCAUUAUGUUCCAAUGAGAACAUCUCGACAAUAUCAAAGUCCAACGGGUUCAAUGGUUUUCGAGGUGUUCUUAAUGCAAUGAAGAACAUUUGCUCGUUGCUUUUGAUGAUCUUGCUUUGCGGACUUGUAUAUUGUUGGCCUGCAUCGAUCUUUUGCCAAGAAGGGUACGAGGUGAAUGCUGCAUAUGGCUCUGGUUUGAUGGUUUUAAUUACCAGACUGCGGCAAAGAGUUGCAAAUGAGAUAGAACAGAUUGAAGGGCAGCCGGGAAUUUUGCUUUACGAGUUUCGGGUAGCGAAGACCACCAUGGAGGAGCUGAAAAUUGAAAUGGAGACAUUCUUGAAGUAUGGAGAGGAGGGUGAUAUCCAUGACAGGGUUGAGAGGUUGAAGAGUUACUUUGGGUCGUUGAGAUGUGGGGUGGAGGCUAUAAUUGGACAGCUUGAUGAUUUUUUCGAUGAAAUAGUUGAAUGUAGGAAGAAGCUUUUGGACAUGUGCACUCGUAGGUAGAAAGAAAGUGCAAGCUCUAGGUUGAGGGAAAACAAAGGUUCAAACAAGAAGUGGAAAAAAAUAAAUAAAAA